CUAGUGAAUCGGCACUUGUAUUCAGGAAGCGCGGACAGGACAGUGAAGUGCUGGUUAGUAGACACGGGGGAGCGAAUCCAAACGUACAAGGCUCACAAACACAGCGUGAGCACUUUGAAAUACCACGCUGGGAUCUUGUUCACUGGAAGUGGUGAUGCCUGUGCCAGAGCUUUCAAUUCCAAGAGUGGCGUCCUGCAGAAGAUCUUUCGAGGGCACAAGUUCAUCAUCAACUGCAUCCAGAUCCACAACGAGUUGCUCUACACAGCUUCCCAUGAUGGCACGCUAAGGAUCUGGGACAUCCGGGGAAUAUGCAAGAGGAACAAGCGGCGUUUGAAGAAGGAGAGGUCUGCCCAGGGCAGGAGCUCUCAGAAGGGGAGUCUGUCUCGGCUCUUCAACAACAAAGUCGGCUGUAUGGUACAGCAGGAAAACGGGGAACACGAGGCUGUUGAACUGAUGUGA